ACAGAGUCGAGUCCUCAGGCCCCGCCCUUGUUUCCUGAGGCAGAAGGGGGCGGAGCCGCAGCGGGCCCCUCCCCCCACCACUCGGCUCUUACUCUCCCGAUCCUCCCGCAGCACAAACUUGUAGUCCGGCAGGGACAUGGGCUGAGUCCGGUACAGCCCGAGUAGCGAUGGCAGCGAGACGCGUCUUCCACCUCCAACCAUGCGAGAGUCCCCCGCCAGCGAUGUCCAGGAAUGGAUUCUUCUUUCAGGAAGAAGCUGGCUACCUUAAGUGUGACACAGAUGAUGGCUGUGACCCCAAAGAAGAAGAAGGAGGCGGAGGAGAAGAGCUAUUCGACACUGUUCACUCAUCGAUUGUAUCGGGGGAGAGCAUCAGGUUCUUUGUCAAUGUCAAUUUGGAAGUGCCACAGAGUACAACAGCAGAAAACGAGAGUUCCGGAUGUGUAUUGCUGCAUACGUCAAGAAAAUAUCUAAAGUUAAAGAACUUUGAGGAGGAGGUAAGGGCACACCGGGAUCUGGACGGCUUCCUUGCCAAAGCCAGCAUUAUCCUAGACGAGACGGCCACCUCUCUGGAUAUCGUCCUGCGGGAGAUGCUAAAGCACUUUGUGGAGGAUCCAGAAAACGCUGAGCCCAUCUGUAACUUUAACAAAAUCAUGAGCACUUUAUUCACUGAUUCCGGGGCACCCAGGGAAGGGAAUGUUCAUCUCCUCUCGGAUACAAUUCAGGGGGUAACUGCUACAGCCAUUGGGGUACAGUACCAACAGUCGUGGCUGUGUAUUAUUUGCACUAUAAAGUCCCUUCAGAAAAGGCAUGUUUGCAUCAGUCGGCUGGAGAGACCCCAGAACUGGGGGGAGAACUCUUGUGAGGUCAGGUUUGUCAUCCUCGUCCUGGCGCCACCUAAAAUGAAAAGCACCAAAACAGCGACAGAAGUCGGUAGGACGUUCGCCACAAUGUUUUCCGACAUAAACUUCCGGCAAAAGCUUUUAGAAACCAAAACAGAAGAGGAGUUUAAAGAGGCCUUAGUGCACCAGAGGCACCUGUUGACCCUCGUUAACAAGCAUUCGUCACUAAACGAUGGCCAUAAAGUGCAGAGCCACAAGCCGUUAAAGCUGAAUGAUUUUUUCAAUGUGGGAAAGGGAAUUUUCGAUGACAUUGCACGCAGAUUGCCGGUAUACCCGUUGGAUUUUACAGACGGUAUAAUCGGAAAUAACAAGGCCAUAGGAAAGUACAUUACAACUAUGAUUUUCUUGUACUUUGCCUGCCUCCUGCCCUCUAUAGCCUUUGGCUCUUUGAAUGACGAAAGCACCGCAGGGGUGAUUGACGUUCAGAAGACAAUCGUUGGCCAAUGCAUUGGGGGAGUUAUUUACUCUCUGUUUUCUGGGCAACCGUUGGUUGUUUUGUUAACCACCGCUCCUUUGGCUUUAUACAUAAACGUAAUCCGAGGGAUCUGUGAUGACUACAACCUGGACUUUAAGGCGUUCUAUGCCUGGACUGGGCUGUGGAACAGCUGCUUUCUUAUUCUGUACUCUCUCUUCAACUGUAGCCUGUUGAUGAAACUAUUCAAGAGGUCGACAGAAGAAAUCAUAGCACUUUUUAUAUCCAUAACGUUUGUGCUGGAUGCACUUAAAGGGAUUAUCAAAAUUUUCAAAAAGUAUUAUUUGGAAAUCCCAAGUUCCCACGUGUACUUUGACCAAGAAUAUAAUAAACACUUGCCAAAUCUGAACAUUACGUCCGAUGUCCUGCUAAAUUCAACGUUCAAUGGCUCCGUGCUUGCGCAGAACGCGAGUAUUGACCACGAGGAAAUCCAUUAUGGCCGGGAGUCGGCGGUGCUCAGUCUCAUGCUGAUGUUUGGCACCUUGUGGCUGGGGCACACGCUCUAUCAGUUCAAGAAAAGCCCGUACCUCCACUCGCGAGUGCGUGAGAUGCUGUCGGACUGCGCUCUGCCGAUAUCUGUUCUGACCUUCUCAGUGGUGGGAUCCUACUUCUUCAAAGAGAUUCACAUUGCCAAGUUCAACUACAUAAAGACGGAGAGUAUGUUUGUGCUGUCUCCUAUUGGCUCUCUCUCCAUGGGACCAAUAACUAGCGCCAUGGGACUGGGAUUCCUCCUCUCUAUGCUCUUCUUUAUAGAACAGAACAUUGUCGCUUCACUGACCAACGCUCCAGAGAACAGGUUAGUUAAAGGUACAGCGUACCACUGGGACCUCCUGCUUGUGGCGCUUAUAAACACAGGACUGUCCGUAUUUGGGAUGCCCUGGAUUCACGCCGCAUUUCCUCACUCCCCGAUGCAUGUGCGGGCACUGGCCAACGUGGAGGAGAGAGUGGAGCACGGCCACAUCUAUGAGACGAUCGUGAGUGUGAGAGAAACCCGUCUGACUUCACUGGUGGCCAACAUUCUUGUUGGUCUGUCCCUCUUCCUCCUCCCUUACCCGCUGCAGUGGAUUCCCAAACCCGUCCUGUACGGCCUCUUCCUGUACAUUGCCCUCACCUCUAUCGAUGGCAACCAGCUCUUUGAGAGAGUGGCCCUCCUGCUGAAAGAGCAGACGGCGUACCCACCAACCCAUUAUAUUCGGAGGGUCCCACAGAGGAAAAUUCACUAUUUCACGGGCCUGCAGGUUCUCCAGCUGGUUAUCCUGUGUGGCUUUGGAAUGUCGCCUCUCCCCUACAUGAAGAUGAUCUUUCCUCUCAUCAUGAUCGGCAUGAUCCCAAUCAGAUACAACCUACUACCAAAAAUAAUCGAAUCCAAAUACCUGGACGCCAUGGACGCAGAACAUUAGGAUCAGGCGGGUUUUUUUUGGAGAGGUAGGGAGGAUGGAUUUUUCCAUUUUACCUUUGCACCCCGGAGACUCUCAUCUUAUCUCCAUACGAGGGAAGGACGACCAACCAAAGCGCAGCGAUUUGCUUCCUCAUUUCCCGGCUCUGCUUCCCGCCAACUGGAAACCCAAAGAUCUUGCUUGUUCUUUUUCUACUGGAGCCUCGGGAAUUCAGUGGAUCCUUUUUUAUGUGUCUUGGAAGUGAAAAUAAAAUGUGACUUGUGACAAACCAGGAUUUAUACGAUGAGGGGCCAAAAAAAAAAUAUCAUUUUUUUUCUCUCCGGAGAACCUUGCAAUAUUUUUAGAGAGGCCUCUGGAAUAUUCCGGCUCUACGUUGUAUAUCUAUAAAUCUAUAUACGGACGGACGUUGGACUUGCACCCGGCAAACUGAAGGAGACUCAAUAUUUUGUAUUGUACGUGUGAUUUCUAACUCAAACGGUCAGGGGGGGUCGGAUCAGUUCCCGUGUGUGAGAGAUGAAUGUAUAUUACCCAGCAGCCCCCGCUACAGCAGCGCAUGAGUUAAAGGAUAAGUAAACCUUAAAAAUAAUUGAAUGUAAAAUUGAUGAGGGGGUUAUUCUAAGCACUUUUGUAAUGUAUAUUCAUUAUUUAUUGUUUUUUAAUUCCAAGAUAUUAAGGGAUACAUGUACUGUUAAUAUGAAUGAAUUUUGUUACAACAGCGCCACCUGCUGGUCAGUUUCCCACCAGUCUGACCACCAAGUAGUCAAGGAAGUUGUCAGGAGAAAGAAAGAGGCUGAUGUUCUUCUGCUUAGGAAAGAUGUGAGAAAGGUUUCUAAUUUUAUUCCUAAGCAGAAGAACAUCAGAGCAGCCUCUUUCUUUCUCCUGACAACUUCCUUGACUACUUGGUGGUCAGACUGGUGGGAAACUGACCAGCAGGUGGAGCUGUUGUAACAAAAUUCAUUCAUAUUAACAGUACAUGUUUAUCCCUUAAUAUCUUGGAAUUAAAAAACAAUAAAUAAUGAAUGUACAUUGCAAAAGUGGUGCACAAUGCCUGUAAUUGUACCAUUAUUAAUCCAAAAAGAAGUGUCCAAAACAAAUAAUAAAAGGGGAAAAAAUACUCACAGUUCACCCAAGUCCACGGGUGCAAAAAAUCUGAAAUAGCAAAAAGUUGUGAGUUUUCUCUAAAAGUAAAGACCAAAAAUUAUUAAAACUUCAAAUAAUUUAUAAGGACAUAUUAGGCUGAGCCUAUGAGUUAGUGCCCCAGUAGGCAUGAAACGUGUUAGGCGGUCACCUGUAUGUCCUAAUAAAUUAUUUGAAUUUUUAAUAAUUUUUGCUCUUUACUGUUGGAGAAAACUCACAACUUUUUGCUCAGAAUAGCACCCUCAUCAAUUUUACAUUCACUUAUUUUAAAGGUUUAUUUAUCCUUUAAAGGACUAAUAACGUUUAAAAAAAUUAAUACAUCGGAAAAAACCCACUAAGACAAAAAUUUCAAAUUGCAAAGUCUUUAUUAAGAAAUAACUUGACGAAACUCCGAUUGCGCUCCUCUUCAGAAAGCGAUUGGGCUAUCCAUCGUGCGGCACUCGAUUUCUCCUCCCUGCCUUCCUUAUAGGAGAUAGCCAGGGAGGAGAAAUCGAACGCCGCACGAUAGAUCGUCGCCGUGUCCCCUUUUCUGAAGAGGAGCGCAAGCGGAGUUUCGCUAAGUUAUUUCUCAAUAAAGACUUUGCGAUUUGAAAGAUUAAUUUGUCUUGGUGGGGGUAUAAUUCGAUGUAUUCUAGCAAAUUUUUGGAUUUUUUUUUUCUUUUGAUAUUGCUGGUCCUUUAAGCUCGCCGACGCUCCUUUGCAUAUCUUUUUUUUUUUUCUUAAAAAUUUGUAAAAAAUGUGGAUUUGUGAUUUUUGCACAGCAGCAGCUUGGCGUGAUGUACCAAUUGUCUGGGGUACCAGCACCUUCUCUUCUUUCCAAGCCCCGUGUGCUCCCGCGUGCGCCGACGCUGAUUUAUGUAUAAUGUUUAUACAUCACUAGUACAAGGUGGGUCACACUAACUAGGGAUAUAUAUCUAUAUAUGACCUCUUUCUGGAAGGCCACACUACUAGCAAUGCCUCUACCAACUAAUGUGUCAGUUGAACUACACUUCCCAGCAUGCCCCACCAGGCAAAGGAGCAGUUGCUGCACUCUGGGAGUUGUGCUUCAGCCUUAGCUGGAGAACUACAAUUUGGCUACGUCUGCUAAAUAAAAAAUAGUUUAUUGUGCACUGUUCAAGGGAAAAAAACAUUUUGCUUCUCCUAAAAUUUAUAGUAAUUAUUAGUGCAAUGCACUUGGGUAAGGGCGCUCCUGUAUACAGCAUGGGAAAAGCAAAAUGUUGUCUACUCUACGGAGGAUUCUGUAGAACGAGGGGGUGGGGCCUAGAAAUACAGGGUGGAGCCUAUUCUGCCAUUCUGUUCAACAAGAGGGCAGGGUUUGUCAUCGUAUAGAAUGAAAGGGUGGAGCCUAUCCAUCUCUAGAGCUAGAGGGAGGAGCCUGUAAUACUUUCCUUUCAUAGCAUUCGAGGGCGGGGCCUAGUUAUGCAAGGGGUGGAGUUUAUCCAUCUUAAUGCUUUCCCUAAAAGCUAUUUCUGUAUUCAGAAGUUUCAUUAUAGUGUUUUUUUGUGAUACGGUUAUCCCUGCUGCUAAACUUGGCCCCUCCCAGAAUUCACCUUUUUUUUUUUUAAAGGGAAAGUUCAUGCUUACAGUUAACUUUUCAUAUUUUGCAUUCUGCCGUCAAUCUCUAUUGGUUCUUAAAUAUUUAACCUUCCUUCUGAGCUCCCCAGAGAAUAUCCCUACGGAGGAAACCUUCCGGUUGCUGGGGCCACAGUGCCUUUUAUUUGCCUUUUUUUUUUUUUUUUUUUUUUAAGUUUCACACGACUCGGCAGCAGCAAUAGAAAUGAAUAGAAAUCGGUCAAAAUGCAACGUGAUUCUUUUCAACAUCAUCAGGCUUUACUUUCCCUUUAGCGUAACGCGUGGAUAUCUGAUGUGAAUUUCGCAUGAUGUAUCCGUGUAGGGCUGAACUCAUACUUUUGUUUUUGUUUUCCAAGAAAAAAAACAGUGUAAAUAUUUGUGUGUUGGUGUUAGGUCAGUUAUAUCCGACAUAGAGACAAACAGCGGAACCUUUGUCUAUUAUAUAUAUAUUUUUCUUUCUUUUUUCUAAGUGUUUGCUGUGCCUUUAUAAUUUGCAUUGUAUGUAUGAAACCUUGUUUCUCUGCACCAGUUUGGGUUUGUUUUAGUUUUUUUUGUUGCCUUUCCUUAUUGACCUUGAGCGUGCGGCAGUCUGUAUGGAUACUAAGUAUCACUAGAAAUGUCUGACUUCCCUGAAUCUUUUGGGGUAAAAGUAGGACCGAGGGUUCGGUGAUGAAAGAUGGUUAAACUAUAACCGCCAUGGUGACCAUAGACUCAACUAGUAUGAUGGGAGUUGUAGUUUAACGUCAUCAGAAGGAGCUGUAGGAGCCAGGGGAAGUCAGAUGUCUGUAGAGAAGCUGUGCAUGCUCGGUCUUGCUCUAUGCUGCUUCAUUUUGCUACCAAUUGGGUCUGUUCUGUAAAUAUUCGAGAUGUUUCAAAUCAAAGGGAAGAGAGAACCACAGAAAAUUCUAUUAAUAAAGAACGGUUUGGAAAAAAA